UAGGAUAGUUAUGUUUGCGCGCAUGGUGAUAAAAAUAUACAAGACCUAUUGUAUAUGCUACUACGUUAAAAGCUAACACAAACAUACUUUUCACAUAGAUACGAAUGUUGCGCACAGUGGCUUGGACUGACAGCUGGAAGAACGUGAAACAGGAGUGGCAGAUCAUGUAAGGGCGCUUUAGUCAUAGAGUGAGAUUUGACAAUUCACGAGCAGAGGCGCUGUUAAGAAUACAUUAGAAGAGUUGACAGGAUAGGCAGAAGACAGAGCAGCGGGGGAGGGGGUGGGAGAACAAGAGGCGGUAUGACACGACCCCCUAAUAAUGACAACCUUGUGACCUUCAAAUUGGUCGUGGUUGGAGAUGGAGGUGUUGGAAAGAGCGCAAUCACCAUACAGUUCUUUCAAAGAUUAUUUGUCACUGACUAUGAUCCUACCAUUGAGGACAGUUACAUUCAACAUACAGAGAUAGACAAACAAUGGUGUAUCCUAGAUGUGUUAGAUACAGCUGGUCAAGAAGAGUUCAGUGCCAUGCGUGAACAAUACAUGCGCAAGGGUGAUGGGUUUCUAUUAGUAUACUCUGUGACAGACAAACAAUCUUACGAGAAUGUCAUGUUCUUUUACACCCAAAUACUCAGGGUAAAGGACAAAGACGCAUGUCCCAUGCUUCUGGUAGCCAAUAAAGUUGAUCUAGUGCAUUUGAGAAAGGUUACAGAGGAACAGGGAAGGGAGUUGGCUCAUCAGUUGGGUAUACCUUAUAUUGAAACUUCUGCCAAAGACCCGCCAUUAAAUGUAGACGCAGCAUUCCACGAGGUCGUUCGUAUUAUCAGAAAUCAACCUCCAGUCAAGUUGGAAAAAAAUCGGAGGAAACGAAGACGCUCGGGGAAGUGUAAUCUUUUAUAAAGCUCGAAAAUAUGGAGCGAGUACACUGGAGUUGCGUAAUUGGGAUUACGCAGUAUACCCUUUUAAACGAUCGCCUUUUCUCAGAAAAAGCGAGACGCCAUCUGCCAAGAAACAAAGAAAAAGAAAGAAUGAAAAAUGGGUCUUCUCUCCUCCAUCGUAUAUAGGUACAUAUGAUUCGUACGUUUUUCUUUUCUUUUUUUUUUCGUCGAUUCACGUAUGAGUUCAUUAGUAGUAAUAAGCAUCGAUCGAUCCCACUCUUGUAACGUAAGUGUACAAAAUAGUAACGAUAAGAAUUGCAUCAAUCGAAAGAAAAAAGAAAAAAACCAUUACUAUAUAUAUACCCAAGACGCAACUAGAUUUUUUAAAAAAUUAAUUCAGCAAUUUAAGACUUGAAAAAUUGGGGAAAAAAAUUAGUCACAGAUAUCGACUGUUCAUCAUCACGAUAAUGAGACCACGUCUCAGUAACACGUGUAUACAUGAAUUUUUUACCAUUGACAAAACUAUGGAAUUGAGCGUUUUUUAUUGCACAAUGCAUAGUUCUAUAGAAAAUCUUUUUACUUCUUCACAUAAUAAGAUCUUGUCAUGAAAUGACUAUAAUAGUUUCAUAUAUUGACUCAGCUCCUUUUUUAAACAGCGGUAAAAAAAAAAAGUUAUAGCUUCAAGCGUCUCUAUUUAUUUUAUUUAAGUAAGAUGAUUUUUUUUACCCUGUUUUUUUUUUCAUGUGUACGUAAUAGUUAUACGUAUCUUUUUAACAAUUUGUUAUUUCCUCGAAUCUUUUCUAUUGCAUUUUUUAAAUCCAAAUUACUACAAAUUUUGAGUAGAUUUUCUGUCAUCGUCUCUUCGUAGCGAUGUAAAUAACGUUUGAUCUUUUCUCAAUUAUUUAACAACGAGUUUCUCUUUCGUUAGUAAAUACGCAUUAGGUAUUUGAAGCCUAAUGAAUAAUAAAUAUUCUGAAUCAAGAAUGAAAUAUUUAACGUAAGGCAGUAUUGCCUUUGGCUAUUAGAUUAUUGGCUUUGAUAUUUAUAAAGGAUAAAAAAAAAAAUUUGUCGUGUUCGAGUAUUCCAGGAAAUAUAACGUCAGGUGUUAUGUUUAGCCAAUGGAAGUCGACAGAUAUAGUCCAUUGUUAAAAAAAAAAAAAAAAAGAAAAAAAAAAGAAAAAAAGAAAGAUGUGCAAUGAGCAAUACAUUGCUUUCGCGAUGCAAGUGAAAAAUUUGCUUGAAAUGCCGUGAUAAUUUUUUUUCGUUUUUAUCGAUUAUUUUACAUUCACGACGUUGUACUGUAUCUAGUGCAAUCUGCGCGGAUAUUUUCGUUAUGCCAGAUCUUCUUACGUACAUUAAGGAAAUAAUGCCAUGGCCUAUCUUACUAUUUAAAACGUAAAAAGGAAAUACGUAUAUUUAAGAGGCGCUCUAACUGCGUGUGUAAGUGAAAUUUAAUGUUACAUGUGAAUGCUAAAUACCAAACAGCGGAUUAUUUUUCGUGCUUAUACAGAAUAUAUCGAACGUUGCAUAAUAUAUUCGUCUUACAUCUUCCACGUACUCGAUACGUAUGAAAUACGUAAAUCAUAAGAUUAUCAAUGAGGAGGUUACGACACGAAUGAAAUUUUCUCGUUCGAUUGUCUUUCGUUGAUGUGCGAUCACGGUGAGCAUUCGUUUGCAAUUUUAAUAUUUCUUUCUAAAGGGGAUUAGCUCGUAGCUCGCAAAAUUCACGCGCAAAAUGUAUUUGCAACGUGUAGCACAAUGAAUAUUGAAUUCUUCACUAUAUGUUAAUGAUAAGUACGCGUUGUUUGUAGUGUAUAUGGCGUUGUGGAAAUACGAAACGAAAAGGCAGUUUAUCAAUUUGCUCUGGACUGUUCUUUGAGAAUCUUUAGCGAAGAACUGUGUUUCGAUUUUCCCUUUUUUUUCCCCACGAUUGCAACGCGAUCUCUGGAGGUUCAAUACUUGGCUUUAGUUGUUGAAAUUCGAUCGUAGUUACAUAUUUUUAGUAUAAACACAAAGUGCUGCUUCUCCUAUACGUAGGAACGGUGUGAAACUGUGCAGUUAUAUACACAUAUUAUGGUACGUACGCGUAAGAUGUGCACAAAUGUCUUGGCGCCACCGAUUUAUUCUAACAGUGAAACAUAUUUGCCUUGAGAUAAAAAUAAUUUGUAUUACAAACGACGAAGGUUAACGAAGGAAUCUGGGUAGUUGCCGUAUCGUAGAAAAUCCACUUCGACAUUCUUUAACGAUUAAAAAAGAUAAGAAAAAGAAAAAAAAAGAAAGAAGAAGAGAUAAGAGAAAGGUGGUUACUGUAUUUUACGACCAGUCGAAUGUCGGACAGAUUAAGUAGGUUCGAUAGUAUUCUUCGUUAAUGAAAGAAUGAAAUUUACAUAGACGUCAUUUUUCGAAGUGCAACGAAGUACUAAACACAUUUAGAAAAAGAGAGAGAGAGAGAGAGAGAGAGA